AUGGAAAUCACGAAAGACACCUACACCGUUGCAACCCUCGACGCCCCAUUGACCUACAUCGGAAGGCACGCCAUCCCACGUAACGAGCACGAGCGGAUUAUCUUCCACGACCUGUUCCCCCAAGCCCUAGCCGUUUUCAUCUCCUGCCUCGUCCACUGCGACCGAAGCCCAACUCACAAACGCGCCACGGCCGCCAGAGUCCGCUCAAAACUCGACGACAUCAUCUUCUGGCUUGACUUUUGCUCUGCCUAUGCGACAAAGACCAAGGACGACACUUUACCACCAAGACACCCAAUUGCGGGCCUGGACGACGCGUCGUUGGAGAGCGAAGUCAUGUCCUGCCCGACGACGAUCAAGAUCCUUCUGCGAUGCUGGUCUUUUCGUAAUGGAGACGAAGACGCGCCGUUCCCGCCUAUGAACGACCAUGGCCACAAUUGCAACAUUACCGGGCUGCUUAGGAGGUUUCUGCUAGGCAAGGAUUCGCGUACCGUCUUGCUCGACGCGAUCCUAUCUUCCCAACGCUCCAUCGACACCUUCUGCGACGCUCUCGUUGCCCGGAUCUCGCAGAUCCCGGUUCUUGAGGAACGAAAUGUCGAUAAGCUCGUGUUGGCACAUCGGUACUCGUUCCUACUCGUCACUUGCGUUGAACUGGUAUCGACACAGGCGAUCUACCGAGGGAUGCGGAGACGCGGGUUCCUUCGACACGGUGUCCGAGCUUCGCGGUUCCUCCACGCCAACUUCCCUGUUUCCCAGUCCUUCGGUGACGAUGCGCGAUUGGUCCUCCUAUCGCACCAGCCAGGGGCCAACCCCGUCAAGGGGAUGAAAGAAGUAAUCGAAGCUGGGAUGGUUCCGCUUCUCAUGGAAGCCUUCAAGCAUCCUGAAGCGCUUGAAUCCCAUAAAGACGAAUGCGAGAGCGUAUUCCUCGCGUGGAGGGCUUCGACGUUUCAUUUUGAGACGUUUGAAGUCCUCCUUGAGGCGUUGAGGAAGCUCCCGAAGGAGCUGACCCCGACUGCUAGCGCUUGGAAAGAUGAGGGGCCCUUGCCGUUCCGGACCUGGGACAAUUGGUACAGUGUUCUUCAAGCCCGGUUCGGAUUUUCGGAUUCGGCGUACUAUCUAUGUGAUAAUGACACGCAUUACGCACUGAACGAUCGGGAAAGGGUGAAGCCGAUGUUUUGCGCGGGGUGCCGUUCGGUGAUGUACUGCAGCGUUACAUGCCAGCGCGCAGAUUGGAGCACUCGGCACCGCGAAGAGUGCAAGGUUAUGCACAACUCGUACCUCGAGCGCAAGAGGAACGGCAUUCGGUUCAGCCAGCACGCGCGGGGGCAGACGGUCGCGCUCUUCCAGAGGCUCUUCGCCAUCUACGCGGACGUACUCGACAAAGACCGGGGAGAGCAGUUCCCUGAUCGGCUUACUACUACCAAUGACUUGAUCACCCUCCUCGAUUUUACGGGAGAGUAUUGGACUAUGACGAUGGUUUCGUUUCGUAUUGUGGAGUACCUUGAGACGAAGCGGCGGCAGACGGUUCCUGAGUGUCCGGCACUGGAGGAUCGCGCGUCUGGUAUCAUCCGCGGUUUCCGGGAGAAUGGGGACCCGGAAGCUAGGCUUGUGGAUGUUAUUGUUUCUUGGAGUCCGAUGCAUCGGGUUAGUUUGCUUGUUGAGGCUCUCCCUGUUGGGCCCAAUCGGGGUGGGAAACGGAAGUGGGAUGUUGUGCGCAGUAUGUGGCAGGUUGAGCGGUGA